CCCGCGGAAGGAGGCGGAGGCUGCGAGGGACUCCGGGAAGCCAUGGACGUCGAGAGGCUGCAGGAGGCGCUGAAAGAUUUUGAGAAGAGGGGGAAAAAGGAAGUUUGUCCGGUCCUGGAUCAGUUUCUUUGUCAUGUAGCCAAGACUGGAGAAACAAUGAUACAGUGGUCCCAAUUUAAAGGCUAUUUUAUUUUUAAACUGGAGAAGGUGAUGGAUGAUUUCAGAACUUCAGCUCCUGAACCAAGAGGUCCUCCCAACCCUAAUGUUGAAUAUAUUCCCUUUGAUGAAAUGAAGGAAAGAAUACUGAAAAUUGUCACUGGAUUUAAUGGUAUACCUUUUACUAUUCAGCGACUAUGUGAAUUACUAACAGAUCCAAGGAGAAACUAUACGGGAACAGACAAAUUUCUCAGAGGAGUAGAAAAGAAUGUGAUGGUUGUUAGUUGUGUUUAUCCUUCCUCAGAGAAGAACAAUUCCAAUAGUUUAAAUCGAAUGAAUGGUGUUAUGUUUCCUGGAAAUUCACCAAGUUACACUGAGAGGUCUAAUAUAAAUGGGCCUGGGACACCCAGGCCGCUUAAUCGACCAAAAGUUCCUUUGUCAGUUCCCAUGACAACAAACGGCUUGCCUGAGAGCACAGACAGCAAAGAGUCAAAGCAGAAUGAGGACAAAAAUCACAGUGACUCUUCAACAUCUGAAUCAGAAGGUUCCUCGGUGAGCCCUAUAAAAAAUAAACAUCCAGAUGAAGAUGCUGUGGAGGCAGAAGGGCAUGAGGUAAAAAGACUCAGGUUCGACAAAGAAAGUGAAGUCAGAGAGAUGGCCAGUCAAACCUCUUCCAGUGAAAUUUCUUCAGUUAUGGUAGAAGAAACAGAAUCUCCAUCUUCAUCUCAGAAUAAAGACAAAGAAAGUAGUUGUACCAGGCAGCACUGUACAGAAGAGGAUGAGGAAGAGGAUGAAGAGGAAGAAGAAGAGUCUUUUAUGACAUCAAGAGAAAUGAUCGCAGAAAGGAAAAAUCAAGAGAAAGAAUCUGAUGAUGCCUUAACUGUGAAUGAAGAGACUUCUGAGGAGAAUAAUCAAAUGGAAGAAUCUGAUCUGACUCAAGUUGAGAGAGGUUUACAUUCUGAAGGUAGUGAAAAUACAGGCCCUGUAAGUAGUGGUUCUGAUUGCCAUGAAACAGAAGAAUUAGUAGGAUCCAAUUCCAGUAAAACUGGAGAGAUUCUUUCAGAAUCAUCCAUGGAAAAUGAUGAAGCCACGGAAGUCACAGAUGAACCAAUGGAACAAGACUAACUAUUUAGAGAUACUUAGAUGCAGUAUUUUACAUACAGUUCUGGUUUUACACUGUAUAAAACGUUUAUGUAAUAAAGUGGACCUUUAGUUUUACAAGAGAAGCAGGUUGUAAAAUAAAAUACUUUAUGGGAUAAAUCCUGAAAGAAUUAUUCAUGUGAGAACUGUGAAUAUCAGCUCCUCUGGGUCCUGCUUACCGCUGACUUUUUUUUGGUCUGGUCAAAUCAGUGGUUUGUGUAUAGAUUUUUUUUUUUUUAGGGUUAAAAAUUUUAAACUGGAAAAUAAUUAUAAUUUUGAAAACUUUUUUGGAGAUGAUCACAUUUAGUUUAUUACAUAUGCAAGGAAGCUUUUGUCUUGUCUCUUUCUGACAGCUCUAGUGGUUUUCAUAUUUUGGUCAUAGUUUCAGCAUUUUAACAUGUGAACUAUAGGGUUUCAUGCUGGUUCCCAGAUUUUAUUGUUUGACUAUGUACAAUGGAACUUUAAGUCAUAUAUACAUAUAUAUAUUAUUCUAAGGGGGAAAUGUUAUAUUUUUCUGUUUCUAUAAGAGAUGAAUACAGUGGAUACUUUUUCUAUUGGUAAUGAUUGAGUUCACCUCUUUCAGAAGACAGUUUCUUUCUCUUCUGAGUAAUUCAGAUAAAAUCUGGCCCCUGUGAAACCCUGGAAAUCUUAAGUCUGUUGAAAUACCAGGUUAAACACAUUCCAAGAGAUCUGUUCAAACUAAAUUCUUUUGUAUACUUCUGAGGUGCCUGAGAAAAAGACUUCAUUAUUUAUGAGCAAAUGUGCUUUAUCUUGGAAAUUGUGUUCAAACAUUAGCUUACUAUUUUGUAGAAUGAAUGCUUAUAAAGCUGACAUGAGACCAUCUCAGAAGAACCAAGCUGGUUCCUUUACUUUUUACUUGCUUUUCUGAACAUUGUGAAUAUUACACAUUUCUUUCUAAAUUAUUCUAGAGUAUACAGAUGUCAAUGGUAUGAAACACCACUGUACUGGAAAAAUUAAUAUAUUACUUUAGUAAUGUACCGGAGCUAAAUGACUGAAGCUUUAGGGGUGCAUAGAAGCCACCAUAAUUUGUAUGACAUUUUGAAGUGAAUUAAAUAUUUUUGAACAUGCUUCUUCGACAGCCAGUGUUAUAUUUUUCAGAUCAACACAAAGCACAAUGGUUACUCUUAAACUCAAUAUUUUCAAAUUCACAUAUUUAAAAGUCAUGUGCAAGCUGCAACUUACCCUGUCUAAAUUACUGGCUGCCAAAUUUAUACCUGUUUCUUCAGCUGUACCUUUUGAUAUUUAGAAUUUUUAAAUUUCUGUAAAGUAGAUUUUGUAGAAUGUAAUGUGUUCACUGCCUUUGUG